ACGGCUUUCAUAGAAUAGAUGUACUAAUCUGACCGCACCCUUUGGCAAUCGCAUAAAAUAGUUUCACUUGGCAUUGUUUAUUGGCCUCUUUCUUUGUGCUGUUUGAAGUUACUUAGAAGGCCACUUUCCAUUUACCUUUUUUUGUAUCUGUUUGGCUUUGAAGUUACUCAGGAGAAAGAGCUUUUCUGGAUUCCCAAUUUGUUGACUGUCCAUGCUUAAACCAUGGCUGGAACUGCUGUUCUCAACGAGCGCAUCCUUUCUUCCAUGUCCCAGAAACAUGUUGCUGCUCACCCAUGGCAUGAUUUGGAGAUAGGACCAGGGGCUCCUGAAGUUUUCAACUGUGUGGUUGAGAUUCCUAGAGGCAGCAAGGUUAAGUAUGAGUUGGACAAGGCAUCUGGUCUGAUCAAGGUUGAUCGUGUCCUUUACUCCUCUGUUGUUUACCCACACAACUAUGGUUUCAUUCCACGCACACUCUGUGAGGAUAGCGACCCCAUGGACGUCCUCAUCCUGAUGCAGGAACAAGUUGUCCCUGGGUGUUUCCUGCGAGCUCGUGCUAUUGGGCUCAUGCCUAUGAUUGAUCAGGGAGAGAAAGAUGAUAAGAUCAUAGCAGUUUGCGCUGAUGACCCUGAAUACCGUCACUACACGGACAUCAAGGACCUUCCUCCACAUCGCCUUCAAGAGAUCCGCCGCUUCUUUGAAGAUUACAAGAAGAAUGAAAACAAAGAGGUGGCGGUGAAUGAGUUCCUCCCAGCAAAAGAUGCCAUCGACGCAAUCAGAUACUCUAUGGACCUGUAUGGCUCGUACAUCAUCGAAGGACUGAGGAAGUAGCAAGAUUGCAGAUGCUUCAUGAUUUACUCAGCAGCUCGAGAGUACCUGUUAACAUGCACGAACUGAAAUCAUGACAAAGGGAUAUUACCUUCUGUUCAUGUUGAGACAAGCUGCAGUGCCUUUUGUUUCCAUUAUAUAUACCGUGUCAAGUCCAAGCACUUGGCCUUGCUGAAAUCUGUCGUCAAACCAACAUUUGACAGAACGAUUGCCUGAUAGAAAAUCACUGAUGCAUAAAUGUCAUUUGCUUAUCUUCACUGUG